UAACUUUUGUUGGACUGCAAGUCUCCUAAAGGUAUGGAUGGGAAACCUGCAAAUAUGCAAACCUACACUUUUUUAAAGUGAAAAGUCUCUAUCCAUGGCCAGUACUAAGGAAUCACUAAUGAAGAAUGACUCUACCAAUUAGAAAGACAAUUUAUAUUUAUAUUUUCCAUAAUAGAUGUGUAUCAGUGAAGUUAGUUUCAAAUAUAAAUCAAGAAUACAGAAAAAUGCAAGUCCCUUUGCCAUAAGAAAAAUGCAUCACCUAACUUUCCUUUAUGUAAAGCAUUAUGAGCAGGUGGCAGGAAAAAUACUCCCUUGUAGGAGAGCGUUUAGAUUACUUCUAACUUUCCUUUGCAUAAAGUGAGGAAAGAAUUACAACAGUGACAGUCUAACGCAUGAUGAAAUUUACUAAGCAGAAUUUUAUUUUUUUAGUUUUUGGAGUUAUAAUUUAUGUAGUUGAUAUUGGAGUGGACUUCUGGGUAGCUAGUAAAUAUUUCUAUCAAGGACAAUAUUCUUGGAGUGUAUCAAUACUGUGUUUUAGGGGUCUUUCAUCAUUAAUAACUCAGAUAUUCAGUUAUGAGUGGUUUAAAGAUGACUGGGAAGGUACUGAUACUGGGAAGAAAAAAUGGAUUUUUCUAGUUCAUCUCUUUCAGUGUGGAAUUUUUAUAAGGUAUUGGUUUGCUUUGAAGUAUGGCUUCCAAGCUGCAUUUAAACAAAACAGCAGAGGAGAUGCAGCAGAAACAGACCCUCCCAACUUCAUUCAAAAACAAGCUGUUGAUGUAGUGACUGAUAUUAACAUGCUCAAGGUGUUCAAGACUUUUCUUGAGACCACACCACAGCUUUUUGUCCAGAUUUACAUCCUCAUGGAACAGGAACAUGGCAAAAAUAAUUUCUGUCAAUAUGCUGCUAUUAUUAUGUCUUUUUUUGGUAUCUCCAUUUCAAUGGUUGAUUAUCAGAUAUCGCUACGAAAAUCUCUACCUGAUAAAGAAGAAUUUCAUGUGCUUCCCAAGAAGGAAAGAGGAGUGCGUUUGAAAUAACUGGGGGCAGUGAUCAGUUAUCUCUGCCUGCUUCUCCUCAUUAGUGAAGGAGCUGGAGUCUUUCUUUGGAUGAACGUAGCUACAAAUCAUACUGCCUUCUCCCUAAAUAUCCCCUGAAGAAGAAUGGCAUUGAUUUAUGGCUCAGUCACUGUCUUGUCACAGGAAAUUCGCAGAGAUAUUUUAGAGCAUUGUAUUUUCUAGGUGUUUUAAUGACUCCUUUAUUGGUUUUGUUCUGCCAAACUUUCACACAAACUUCUGUGUUUAGGGGUGAUGCCAGCUUGUUGUUCUGGAUAAUAAUAGGAUCCUGAUUUAUGGAUGGCAACUGGAGUCUUGCAUAUAAUGGAAGAACUGUCUUGCUUGAAGCUUUCUUCUCCUUUAAGCUCUAAGAUGUAAUACUUUAAAUGCUGAUUUCCACUGAAAUAGGGGGCUAUGCAAGGUAUGCCAUGGUGUUGCUUUGUUUGUCUUUGUCACUGCAGAAGAGAAAAGCAACUGUUCUGAUGCACUGCACCCAUAGGGCCUGGGAAAUGCUGGAAUAGCCAGCUUGCUCAUCUAGAUUUUUUGGCAGAAGGUAAAGUGAAAUCAGACAACAUUUCAGUCUUAUGUUCAAUUGAUGAAUCAACAGCACAGGAAAUAAGGUUGAUAGCCACAGCUUCUCCAGAAAUAAAAUCUAAGGGGAAGUCUUUCAGAGCGUCUGGGUUUUAAGUCUAAAUUAUGAAAACUAGGGCUUUUUCUCCUCUCCUUUCCUCUUGCAAUAAUUCACAUUUGCAUAGUAGCCACAGGGAAAGGGAAUAAACAGGGUUUGAGAAAAGAGACUAGAUAUAGAAAAAUCUGAUAAACUUUGCCAGGAACCAAAUCUGUUAGCAUUACUGAUUAACAGCAAACAUCCCUGAGACUCUGGCAGAAGGGUUGAUGCUUUGGUUGAUAAUUAGGAUGCUGAAGAGCUGUGUCUUGUGCCUUUUGUGUCAAGUGGACUGCAAGCUGCAUUUUUCUUGUUACUCUUCCAGCUUUAGCAGAGCUCAGGGAAGUUUCAAAAUGUGUUUCUUUCCUGUUAUAGUUUCAUAAUUGUCUUUACCAGGCCAGCCACUUACAUCAUAUGAAUCCUAUUCUAGCAAAGUAAUUUGUAGGUGCAUAGCUUGGACUGAAUGGUCUGACUUUCUGAGAAUACACAUGAAAAAUUAGCAUGGUAAGAAGAAUGUACUUCUAAAAUUCUUCAUUUUCACUUAGAGGUAACUGGAACGUGAGUCCAGAAGUUAAGACAUAAAAAAGCACAAUCAAGGAGACUUAAGCAAUAGUUUUUCUCUAAAAUGAAUCUAAACUAGUACCUUCACUUCUUUCUCUGGAAACGAGAUUUGUUUGCCCUGGAAAGGCUGCUUAGGUAAGAGAAAAAGCCCAAGGCUCUAUCCUACUUCAUCGACCACAAUUGCCUUAAGUUCUGCCUCCUUUAUCUCCAGAGUAUUUCUUACUAGUGCCUUUGGCAGCAAAAUGCCUGGUUUUAAGCUGAAUGUACUCUUCUUUGCCUAUGAAAAAUAGGAUCCUAAAUAGUGAAGACUAUUCCUAUAUUACUUCCCACACUUUUAUUGUUUGUUCAUCUGAAAUCCUGAGAAGAGACUAGGAUAAGGUAGGGUUGAAAAGGGAGAAUAUUAUCUCUAUCUUGCAGAAAAUUAUAAACUUUAAUGUAAUCUUUAAUUGGAAAAAAACCUCAAACUUUCUACAUUAUCUGAGAAGAUGUUCUGUGGGGAAAUACGAGCUUCUGAGAAGUCCUAGUGUGGGAGUUUCAGCCCUGGAGCCUUCAGGUUAUCUGCCUGCUUUCAGAUGCUAGAAAUCUGGAGCCUGAUUUGCUCUGGAAGAUGGUUAGUUUCUGGUGAAACAAAACAAAUUUCUCUUGGAUAUUUUUUUUUUCCUUUCAGUGAAUGGACAAAUUUCAAAUAAAAUUACUUAAUUGCCAUCUCUCUGGCCAACUCCUAACACUCAUUUUCUUUCAUGGGAGAAAAGCUGAAUGUUGUGCUGCCUUCUGCUGUUCUCCUUAGGUCUCCUUGUUCUCUCUUUUGUGCCACUGAGAAGAAUGCUAUAUUGAAGUUCAAUUGGUAAGAAAGGCAUCUGUGUGGCUAUUUAUAUAACGCUAAUACAAAUACACACCAAAGCCAAUGACUUAAGUCUCAAUCCGUAUUGUAAGUCCUAGUGGAUAUAAAUUUAGCCAUAUCCUAAAACUGGGAAAUCAUGCAGAUUCUUUUGAUAAAGCUUGAACAGAUAGUCUGUGUCCUGCCACAAGUACUGUAAAUGUCUCCAUUUUGCUGUUGUCAGUCAGAGGGCAUCAAGAGAUGGGAAUUUCUAUUAGACUGUCACCUGGAAAUGUUUUAAAAUUUAUUUUCAACUUCAACAUCCUCCCUUUCUUUCUGACCUUGUGUUCAAGUUUUUAAUUUGAUUCCCUUCAUUUUAAUGAUUUUGAAAAUGGCUUCUAAUUAAUUUCGUUAUUCUAGCUCAGAAUCACUGUAGCAGGGAGGACAGGGAAGCACAUGAACUGAUUCUGGACACAUUUCAUAUCAUCACUGAUCACUUCAGACACAACAAGCAAAGCUCCGCUUCACAUAGGUGUGAAGCUCAAACAGUAGACUUCAUACCCUUUCUGUUCCCCAUCUGCUCUUAAAAUUCAGCUGCCACUCCAUUCAUGCAUUCUGCCUGACCGUGUCAUUUUAAUCUAACAGAAAAUUGAAAACAAAUGUGUGGUUUUUUUUCUUUUUUGUUAAGUAUGUCCAUUACAUCUUACAAGAAGUAUUUUAAUAAGUUAAAUAAAAAUAAUAAACAAU